AUGCGGUAUCGCGUGGGCUGCGGAUACUGCCGCUGGCAGGGUUUCGGCGACUUCGCGUCCUUGCAGGAAAUUAACGCCUACCUGAACGGCAUGGCUUCCGGGAGAACGCCCGUGAUGAGCGACUGGCGGGACGCCCAACGCGAGGCGAAUUCGGUCAUUGGCCGGGCCUAUGGGCUUCUUCACGGGGAUUCGGACUUCUCCUCCUCCGCAAUAACGUCGUCGUCGUUCACUACAGCGAGGCCGGUGAGUUUUUCGAAAAUGGCGUGGGAUAAAUUUGUGGAUCUGCGGCGACCGGCGCGGAGCCAGCUCCUGCUCACCCGGCAACUCCCCUCACGUGAUACCGCGCGGCGUGGUCAAACUAAUAAUUCAUUCUCCCCCAUCGAUGACUUUACAAAACGUGAGGAGGAAGACGAAAAAAGAGUCUUUGAGGAAGUCGCGCGGUUGAAUCCGGCGUCUCGCUCGGCCGUGGAUCCGGCCGAUCCAUCCGCUUCGUCGGCAUCGUCUUUGCAUCCGGCGCUGGCGUUGGAUAAGCUGCGGGAGCUUUAUUUAAAUCGCGCGAUUCGCCGCGUCGCUCGGGCCGAAGCCGCGCCCUAUGCCAUACAUAACGACCCAAGUAGCCUUGAAAAGGCGUAUCAAGCCUAUCCAACCUACGUGAUGGAAAUAAAAUCUUCUGUAAGGUCUCCUUCACAAAGUUAUGAAAGCAAAGAAAUUGUCAAUAUCCAGGAUGAAACGGCUAUUUUCUCGGAUGAAAUAUGCUGGAUCUCGGCCUCGCAGCGUGCUCAAUGGGGCCUUCAUCCAACUUUCAUCACUGCCACACAGAAUCUUCGGAGACUUCGGAAUAUUUUUCAUGACUAUUCAACCUAUUUUAAAGACUAUAGUAGUGCUAGCAAUCGUACCACUAACAUUGCACCAUUAAGGGGGUUGAUCAACCCCUUUACUACCUCAUUCUUAUCAUCAUCAUCAUCAUUAGUAAACUUUCCAAAAGACCAAGCAGAUAAAGAACCCACUUCGGAUCUCUCACCUUUAAAUGUGCUACUUCAACAACCUGAAAAUCGAAAGUUCUGCAAAAAACUUAUUAAUUACUUUCCAAAGCAUUUAUCGAAAGAGGCAAUUAUCGCAACAGCAUUUUGUAAUAUCCAAGAUAGCGUAAAUGAAGAGUUAAAAGUUUCCAAAAGGGCUGAUACCUUUAAAAAUACAGACAAAAAAGAAGAAGCGGAAGGAAAAGAAAGGGAACUUAGAAGUGAUUCUAAUGUUGAAUUUCGGAAAGAUGCGUCAAGCCCCUCUGGGGCAAAAAAGAGCUCAUUGACCCAAACUCUCGUUAUACUUGAUCGAAGCGAGGAUGAAGACGAUGUUAAACAAAUCUUAGAAUACUGGCAAUCUCACCGAGACACUUCGGAAUCCGAUUUGUUAUCCUCCCAAAAGUUGAAUCUUAGCUAUAAUAUCGUUUGUGCGAAUCACUUCAGUGCGGUCCAGACCCUGCCCUAUCUUCAAUACAUAUAUCCUUCACCUUUGGUGAACACGUCUAACGAUUUUAACGAAUUAUCCACUAUAGAGCAUCAAGCUAGAAAUCAGGUGAUGAGAUUUCGUUUAAUCAAUCUUGGGAUGCAGACGAUAGUAAUUCGACGUAUUUGUAUCGCACGCCAAUCGGUUUAUAACAACCAUGUUGGGGAGACCUCUUCCAUCGAGUUUUCUAGCCGAUAUCCUCAGAUUUUUCACCCUUUCAACGCACAAUCAACCGAGUUUGAAAAGAAUGAAAGCUUAGAAGAGGGUGAUUACGCGUCAAUUGACGAAAAUGUAGGCUUGGUGCGUUUGCUUCCACGCUGUAGUUCUUCUGAGGCUUCUGUUGGGAACUUCUCGAAUUAUGCCACUGUAGAGUUGCCUUCAGAAAUACUUGAAAAGUGCGUGGACGCGACGAGGGAGUUGUAUUUUGAUAUUAUUUUAAAUGGCGUCAAGGACGAUCCUAAGGAAUCCAAUACAGUGGUUUUGAACUCCGAAGGACAACAACGUAAUCAACGAUAUUUGGGUUUAGCGAUUGACGUCCUUACUUUUCUUGACGUAAGUUUUUUAAGAAAUGGUGAGAAUACCAUAUCAUCUAAAUCUAUUAAUGGCUAUCAUGCAAUAUCGUUUGGAAAUACCAUUGUCUGGUAA